GUUAUUAUGAUGAAUACUGUUAUUCAAAAACCACCCCUUUUCAGAGUUAGUAUGCAAGGGCUCUUUUUAGUUCGUAACCAUCCCUUCAUGCUUUUCACUGGUAUUUUGCUUGGAUUACUGUCAAGUUUCUUAUUUAUAAGGCAAUCAGCAAUAGUUAUUGCACCUACUUCUAUUGUGGUACAAAGUUCAGUGGAUACAAGAACUUAUUUGACAGAGGAAAUCAGCUUCCAUGAGACUCUUUAUGUUGCUGUUAUUGCAUCAUCAAGUUCCUUGACAAAUGCUCUUUCUGUGUCUGAGACAUGGGGACAAAGUGCUAAUUUUAUUGAUUACUAUGUGAAUGAUAGCAAUUACCUGCAGUCUACAAACCUAUCAGUAGUUCGUCUCCCCAGUAAUGACAAACCACUGCUUUUUGAACUAUUAUUUUACCUUCAUCAGGAAUACAAUGACAAUUUUAACUGGUUUCUUAUUGCUAAUGAUAAAAUGUAUGUCCGUGUUAAGGAACUUGCCAAUUUCUUAAAUAAACUGGAUCCUACAUCAGAUAUUUAUUUCGGAGCACCCAGUCAACUUCCUUGGUAUAAGCAAAAUUAUUUGUUUCAAAAUCAAGAAAUAUUUUGUAAAGGAAACACAGGUAUCAUAUUAAGCCGAGAGAUGCUAAGUAAACUAGCACCUUACAUUGAACACUGUUUAGAAAAAGCCCAGCCUGAUGAAUCAUUUGAUAUUUUACUUGGCCAAUGUAUCAGACAUAACACUGGUAUUCAUUGUAACUCAGUACAAGAGAUAACUCAAUAUUUUUAUGAUGACAACAGUAAAGGAGAAAUACUUAAAAACAGCGAUGAGACCUUGGAGAAAAUAAUAACAGCUUACCCUUUUGAAAAAAGGGAAUUAAUGUAUCGUAUGCACCGGCGUUACUUAAAGAUAGAUUUGAAGAAAAUUAAGACAGAAAAAUCAUUACUAACGAAGCAAUACAAAUCUUUUUUAAAAUAUUAGAAAAAAAUUUCAUUGUAAGAUUAAAAUUAAUUAUUGUUAAUUUUAUAGAAGA